AUGGCUUCUCUCGUUUCGUCUUCCAAUGUUCUGCAAAUGCUGUUGCUCUCUCUAAUGGUUUGCUCUUUCGUACGACCCUCUGCCAGCAACUUCCACAAAAACUUUGACAUCACUUGGGGAGACGGCCGCGCUCAAAUUCUCAAAAGCGGAAAGCUUCUCACUCUUUCCCUAGACAAAGCCUCUGGCUCUGGUUUCCAGUCCAAGCACGAGUACCUCUUUGGAAAGAUUGACAUGCAGCUUAAGCUCGUCCCCGGUAACUCCGCCGGCACCGUCACUGCCUACUAUUUAUCGUCGCAAGGGUCGACCCACGAUGAGAUUGAUUUUGAAUUCUUGGGAAACUUGAGCGGAGAUCCCUACAUCCUUCAUACUAACGUCUUCAGCCAAGGCAAAGGCAACAGAGAACAACAGUUCUACCUAUGGUUUGAUCCCACUGCCGAUUUUCACACUUAUUCCAUCCUCUGGAAUCCCCACUGCAUCAUCUUCUCUGUGGAUGGCACACCCAUUAGGGAAUUCAAGAACAUGGAGUCGAACGGUGUUUCCUUCCCCAAGAACCAGCCGAUGAGGAUAUACUCGAGUCUUUGGAAUGCAGAUGAUUGGGCCACAAGAGGUGGGCUGGUGAAGACGGAUUGGAGUCGAGCGCCUUUUGUUGCCUCCUAUAGGAAUUACAAUGCACAUAAUGCUUGUGUGUGGUCAUCUAGAAAAUCUUCGUGCACUUCAAAUUCCUCUUCACUCUCUACUACUUCCAAUUUGUGGCUCACUGAACAAUUAGACUCCGCAAGGCUGGAAAGACUGAAAUGGGUUCAGAAGAACUACAUGAUUUACAAUUAUUGCACAGACGCAAAGCGAUUCCCCCAGGGCCUACCUCUGGAGUGCACCCUCGCCAAUGUGUCUUGA